AUGUUGUAUCUGUUAUUAAUUGAAAAGAUUCCUCAGUCAAUGUUGGCCAGUUAUUUUAGAUGGUUAACGGAGAAAUGUAAAGAAGAGACCUUGGAAGCAUUGAGUGAUUGGAUGGUAGAAGAGGCAGAGUUCCUGAUUCGUGCAUUAGAGACGAGGAAAGGUAUGGCGACUAAGAAAACACCUACGGACAGAAGGACACAUCGUAGUUUUGCAGCCGUGAACAAUGGACGAGAGCGAAGUUGUGUAUGUUGCAACAAGUUUGGUCAUGGUGAGUGGAAUUGUACAAAGUUUAACGACGGUACUGUGAGACAAAGAUGGACUUUGGCAAAAGAAAGGAAACUGUGCUAUCGAUGCUUGUCGGAACGUCAUCUGGGAAAAGAUUGCCCUAGGACACAAGUAUGUGGACGGGAAGGUUGCAAGAGUAAUCACCAUCAGUUGUUACACGAGUCCGGGACUCAAGAUCAGAAGAAGAAAGUUAAUCAGGAUGGCGAGGGCAAGAUUUCACAGUCACCACCUAGUCGGUCACUUCAAUCAGUUCCAGAUUUAAAGGCUGAGAAUUCGUCAGCGUUAGAACAACCGACUGGGGCAGAAAAGAAAACAUACAUAGCAACGUUGGCUUCGUCGAAAUCAUCUAAAGAAGUUGUGUCAUUUCGUACAGUACCUGUCUGGCUGAAGGCGAACGGUCAGAAGAUAAGAGUUAAUGCUGUCCUAGACGAUCCUAGCAGCGCGUCCUAUAUUAGUGAAGAGGUAGCUGGGGGACUUGGACUGUCUGCACCAUACGAACCCGUUACAGUUCAAGUUUUAAACGAAAAUAUCGAGACUUUUGAUACCAUGCCAGUGGACUUGAUUCUCGAAAAUAGUGAUGGUAAUGUUCGAGUUCCAUUUCAAGUAUUUACGUGCCCACGUCAGAUCACAGGAAGCUACAAAGUUGUAGAUUGGAGGCGUUAUCAAAAGCGUUGGUCGCAUUUGGGAGUGUGUGAUUUUCCGGAGGCUACAGUAGAUCCGCUGGUAGAUGUGCUGAUUGGUCAAGAUCAAGUCGAUUUGCAUUACGCACGAUGUGAUGUAAGAGGGAAGCCAGGCGAACCAUCGCGCGAUUGGGUGCGUUAG